AUGGCUGGCCUGGGGUUCCAGGGACUGGGCCCAAAGGGCCGGGGAACCCCAGACCCCAAGAAGGGGGGGAGAAGCGCCCCUGUCCACUCAAUCCCAGGCCCAGGGCCAGGGUCAUGUUCCCCUCUCUGGCCCUUUAAACGCCUGGGCCUUACCUGGGCCCCUCCUUCCAGCCCCCGACCUGGCCUGAACAAAGAUCAUGGUUCUGAUGUUGGCCCAGACCCCACAGUCUCAGUGUUCUUAGGAGCCCCCAGAGCCCAGAAUUUCUGGGGAGCGGGCCAGGACCCUCGACGCUUCCCCAGGGCAAACCACUGGGAUUUGGAACUCUUGACCCCGGGGAACUUGGAACGGGAGUGCGUGGAGGAGCGAUGUUCCUGGGAAGAGGCCCGGGAGGUCUUUGAAGACAGGGACCCUGACGGAUCAUUCUGGAAGACCUAUCCCUUUAAUGGGAAGGGUGGCGCUGGGCAUGGCCGGGUGGAUGUGGCAGCGUUGACAGUGGGGCUGGGAACUGGCCUACUGGUCUUGCUCCUGGCAGCCCUGGGCACAUUCUGGUAUCUGCAGAGAAGGAGGCAAUUGGCCCGAAACCCUGGGUCCUCUCCCCAAAGCGCUUUCCUGGUGAUAGAGGAUCUGCCCUUGACCCCCUUGCCGCCUCCCCCCGGCCUCCCCACUUACGAGCAGGCACUGGCAGCCUCCGGGGUGCAUGACGCACCCCCUCCACCCUACCAGAGCACUCGGCGGCCCCGCUGAGAAGACCACCUCCCCAUCCCCCUCACAGCAGCCCGCGCCUUCUCUGUCCCGUGGAUUCCCCCCCCCCACACACACACACACACUCUGGAAGUCGAGAACGGGGCUGGAAAGGAGGAUUUGCCCGGGAAGACGCCUGACCCCCUCCCCCCCAGUCUUCCUGCGGGUGCCCCGGCUGGGGUCCACCCUCGCGCCCCCGCCUCGGUCAGGACAGGCUCCUCGUGUGUCCCAGGCAUGUGCACACGUGUCCUAGCUCCGCGUGCACACAGACGUCCGAGUGGGACGAGCCUCCAUUAUGGCGCUUCCUCCCCAUCCACAUAGUGGCGGUGCCAGUCUCCCUAGGGGGUGCCCUAGGUGUGGCGCAACUUCUGGUGCGUCCCUGCCCCAUCGCUGUCUAUUGCCGGCAGUCCCCAUCAGGAA